AUGGCAAGAAGAAGAAGAAAAAAGAAGGAAAAGAAGGAGAAGAAACCGAAGAAGGAAGAGAGUCGCCUGGAGGCACCGAAGACCCUGGCUCCGCUCGCUCCGCUCAGUGCAAGAGGCAUUGGCAAGUUGGCUGAAUUGCCAAGCCCUGGAAUCGAGGAGGCCCCAUCUUCAGAGUCCAAGAUGUCUUCAAGGGUCCCUUCACAGUCCAUCUUGAGCGAGGUGGAGCAGAGUGAGGCUGAGCACAAGAUGAAGCUGGCAAAGCAUCGCUUCGAGUUGGAGAAGGAGUUUGAAUUGGAAAGGGACAGAACCUUUGCGGAGCUGCAGGAGAAGCACGAGAUGCAAGUGAGGACCGAGAAGGCGCGCUUGCAGCAGGAGUUGGCCUCGCAGAAUGGAAAGACAAAGGUGGAGAUCGAGCAGCUCUUGAAGUCCGAGGAAAGCCUUCAAAAGAAGCUUCAAGAGUCGCAGGCGGAAGCAACGCGGCUUCGCAGUGAAGCGGCCAGCACCUCCCGGAAAUGCUCGGCGUACGAAGAGAGAGUUACAAGAUUGGAGGAGGACCUCAAGACCCUGCGAAAAGAGGCUGCUUCGAAGACUGCUGAUGCUGAGGUGGAAAGUCUCAAGGCACAACUGGAGAGAAAGAAUGAAGAGAUUGAGCAGAUUAAGGGAGAAGCAGCAGCCAAUGCCGACCGGCUGGCGAAAUGGGAGGAAGAGAUGCAGCAGCUUCAGAGGGUGGCCACUGAGCACGACGAAGCCAAGGGUCACAUCGAGCGGCUGACAGAGGAGCUUCAGGCCAGCAAAGUGCAUUGCAGCGACUUGGAGAAAGAACUGGAGGAGAAGGGAACUGCCGAUGCCUCGCAGCAGGUCGAGGAGCUUCAAAGUCUGAAAACGAAGCUCAGCUCGGCAGAGGGGUCCUUGAAGACGGAAAUCGAGGCCAAGAAGAAGCUGGCCACGGAAAUCUCAGACUUACAAUCCCAGCUGGCGAAGGCUUCGGGCAACAAAGCUCAGAUGGAGGAACUGAGACGUGAGCUCACCGAGAGGAACAAAGACCUGGCCGAAGCACGGGAAACGGCUGCUGCUGCAAGAGGAACAUGUGCAGAAGAGGUGGAGAAUGCCAGCAAAGCACUGGACGAGCAGAGGAGGAUGGCCACCGAAGCCUCCCAGCGUUUGGACGAUGCACAGCGGGAGCUUGCGAGCCUCAAGGCACAAGUGAGUCAACAGAUUGCCGCCAAGGCAGAGGAAGAAUGCCGGUGGCAACAACAGAUCACUACGGAGAAGAGCUUGCAGAAAGGGCUCCAGGCAGAAGUUGACGAGCUCAAGAAACAGCUGGCAUCGGCCAAGGAAAGCAACAAUCAGCAAGAGCAGAGGACGCAGGAGAGGCUGGAGCAGGCUCAGAGGGAGGUCGAUCAGCUGAAGGUGGACCUCAGUAGGCAUGAUGAUGAGAAGCAGGUGGACGAAAAGAGCACCGCUAAGCUCAAAGUGGAGCUUGAUUUCAUGAAUGUCGAGUCAGAAGCCCUUCGUGUGGUUUUGGAUGAUGAGACCGUCGUCACUUUGCCCAAGCAAGUCUCUCCCAUGCUGGCAUCAUUGGAGGGCUUGUUUGAGGGUGAAGCCUUCUCAGUGCCCAGUGCUUCAGGAAUCACUAAGGUGGGCUUGUUCGGCUUGAAGGACUUCAUUGAAAGAGCGGUGUUGCCCAGGCAGUGGCCCUCAGAAACUGCUGCUGAGUUUGUCCGAGCUGCCAGCUUCUUGGAUGUGAACGAUGCCAUCGAAGCUGCGGAAGUGCAAAUGGCUGAAAGGUUGCUGGAGUGUGAAGAUGAGCUUCAGGUACAUUUGCUUGCCAAAGUUGAAGAUGGCGAGAGAGGUGAAGAUGCUGAUGAAGCCGCUGAUCUUGCAAGACUUGGUCCAACUCUGGGAGUGCGAGGAUUGGCUUUUGCUCGAUCCGCUGCUGACGGAUUGCUCCAGUUGUUCUCGAUGGAUUUCCUCCGUGCGGUCAUUUUGAAAGCAGAGGCUGGUGCUUUAGAAGCCCCAGAGAUUCAAGACUUACAGCGGGAAUUGUGUCGAGGUGGCCGGGGACACACGAGACGAGCCAAGGCCGCCUUGGAAUCGGCCGUUUGCAAGCAAAACCGAGGUAAUUUGACCCUAGCAGCCUUGGUCUUGGCACUCUCACAGGAUCAUGAAGCCGAGAUUCGCGCCACUGCCUUCCAGGUCUUGUCCCAGCUGGUUCCAAGGGACCCCUUUUUCCACGCCUUUCGACAUGAGACCAUUUCCGUGGCUGUCCGCGCACUUUCCGAUGUUUCUGCUCAUGUUCGAAAGGCUGCUGUGAAUGCAUUACUGGCUUGGUCUCCCUUGGAGCCACCUGCCCUUCAGUGUUUGGAGAAGCUUGCGCAGCAGAAAUCCGGGAAAGUCAAAGCAGCUGCGCUUCAAGCAAUGUCUCUCUCGCUACAAGAGAUGCCCAUAUCGCGGCUUGAAUUUCUGUUGCUGAGCCUAGAGGACUCAGAUGAACAUGUGCAAUUCGCCGUUGUCUCUGCCUUCGCACACUUUGCUCAGUAUGCUGCUGCAGAGGGACACCACGAUGCCGUGGAAGUGAUUGCCGAUCGAGUUUCUGACAAGAUGCAGAGCCGGCGGCACUGGGUGAAGCGUGCUGCGGCCGCAUCCUUGCAAAAGCUCCUGGAGUGUUUAGAUCGGCCGCAUCUUCGAGCCAAGAGUGCCUUGCUCGCAUGCCUUGCCGACGUACAUGACUCCGUCCGCUCGUCCGUGGCCCUGGCGCUGCCCCACGUGGGCGCCGAUGAGGACGUCAGCCACGCUCUGGUGGGCGCGUUGCAGGAUCCACAUGCCGAGGUGCGCAAAGCUGCCGGUGCCGGGCUUGUGUUGAUGGCUGGUAGGUCCACCCAUGGGCCGAGGCUGGCAGAGAAGCUGGUGGAGCUGCUGGACUGCAAUCUAGCAGAAACCAGGUGCAUGGCAUUGAUGACGCUGCAGGAAGUUUUAACAUCUGCAUGCCUGAAGUACGUCCCCGCAGAGGCGGCGGAAGUUGGCUUCAGAAAGUUGAUGACACACUCUUUAUCCCCACGCUUAAUGGAUCCAGAUGGAUACGUUCGCAUCGCUGCUGCUCGGACCGCCGGAUGCUUUACAGCUUUGUGUGGAAGAUGUUGUGAGCUCUCCAGUCUCUUGGCCACCGUUGCUGCCAGAGACGACGAUGAGGAUGUGAGAUCCGCGUCGUUGGAGGCACUGGCCAGUGCUUCCGAACCCGGAGACCGGAAAGCGCAAGAAGUGGCCGUGGCGGCAUCCAAGGAUCCUUCGCCUCAGAUUCGACGACAGGCUUUGGCGCUGUUGUGUUCUUUAUCCCGCGGAUCUGGCGAAGAGGUGAAUCAAGUGUUAUCUGCAGUUUGUGCGCUCAUCUCUGAUUCAGAUGAUGACAUCCGUCGUUUGGCCAUGCAAGCACUGCCUGAGAUCAUUCGCACAGACUCGGCAGGUGUCCUGGCCAUCCGUGCCUUAGGCGCUGUGGCCCGCAGCCGCUCCUCUGACCGCAUGGCCGUUUGCGCCUUGGAGGCCAUCGCUGCCGUGGCUCGAUGUGUCGAGGCCGCUGUGUCGACACGUGCCAGCGCCCUGUCUCCCGUCACCGCUUGCUUGACAGAUGAGAACUGGAUUGUGCGAGAAGCAGCCGAAAAUGCGGCGUGCCUUAUGAACAUCGCACUGCCAAGCGUACCGGUCUCAACCGCUCCAUUUGUACAUAGAAGUGGCUCGAGUUCCUCCAGCUCCAACCGGAGCAGAAGCUGGAGCUCUCGUGUUUCAAGAAGCCGGAGCAGAUCUCAGAGGAAACAGGUACUCUAUCAUGCUGAGUUUGCUGCACUUGGUCGAAGCAACCAGUAA